UCACCCUCUUUCCUCGCUGCUCUGUCUCUGCUUGUUUCGGCUUCUCCGCGCUGCGCUGCCGCUGGAGUUAGCUCGGACCAGAGGUCUGUCUGCUUGUCAGUGGUGAGAGUCACGACUCUGGUUGUUUUAAACUUUCCCCCCCACUUCACCGUCGUUCCUAAAAGAGUGGGGAAGAGUUUGACUCACGUUUUGGAUGCAUGGGAGCUUCCUGGGAGCGGCGAAAGGAGAAGACUGUGCUGCUGGUCCUGACUUCUCAGCACGAUGAGUGAGGCGGAGGGCCAGUUCUACAGUGUGCAGGUGGGGGACUCCACCUUCACUGUGCUCAAGCGCUACCAGCAGCUUCGUGCCAUUGGCUCAGGGGCCCAAGGCAUUGUCUGCUCUGCUCUGGAUACAGUCCUCGGUAUACCAGUGGCUGUGAAGAAGCUCUGUCGACCCUUUCAGAACCAGACCCAUGCAAAGCGGGCCUACAGGGAGCUGGUGCUGCUGAAAUGUGUCAACCACAAAAAUAUCAUCCGUCUGAUCAAUGUUUUCACGCCUCAGAAGUCUCUGGAGGAGUUCCAGGAUCUUUACCUGGUAAUGGAGCUGAUGGAUGCCAGUUUAUGUCAGGUGAUUCACAUGGACCUGGACCACGAGAGGAUGUCCUACCUGCUCUAUCAGAUCCUUUGUGGCAUCAGGCACCUGCACUCAGCUGGGAUCAUCCACAGAGAUCUGAAGCCCAGCAACAUUGUUGUGAAGUCUGAUUGCACUUUGAAAAUCCUUGACUUUGGUCUCGCACGGACGGCUUGCACAAACUUCAUGAUGACCCCCUACGUAGUAACCCGAUACUACCGCGCCCCGGAGGUCAUCCUGGGCAUGAAGUAUAAGGAGAACGUGGACCUGUGGUCAGUUGGCUGCAUAAUGGCUGAAAUGAUCUGUCAUAAAGUCCUCUUUCCUGGAAAGGACUACAUCGACCAGUGGAAUAAAGUGAUUGAGAUUCUGGGCACGCCCAGCGUCGAGUUCAUGAACCGACUGAUGGAGACCGUAAGGAACUAUGUGAUGAACAAGCCACAGUAUCCAGGCGUCAGCUUCACAGAGCUGUUCCCAGAUUGGGCUUUCCCUUCUGAAUCUGAACAAGACAAAGUGAAAACAGCUGUUCAAGCUCGGGAUCUGCUCUCCAAAAUGCUGGUCAUUGAUCCGGAAUGCCGCAUCUCGGUGGAGGAAGCCCUUCAUCACCCCUACAUCCACGUGUGGUACGACCCCGCGGAGGCGGACGCGCCUCCUCCUCAGAUUUCAGAUAAGCAGCUGGAGGAGAGAGAGCACACCAUCGAGCAGUGGAAAGAACUUAUUUAUGAAGAAGUGAUGGACUGGGAGGAGAGGAACAAGAACGGCCUAAUGAAAGAAGACUGCUCAGAUGUGGCGUCCAGUUCCGCUUCCCAGUCGUCCUCGGCCAACGACAUUUCGUCCAUGUCCACAGAGCACACGCUGGCGUCGGACACAGACAGCAGCAGCAUCGACACGCUGACGGGGCCGCUCGACGAGAGUCAGUGAACGCCUCAGCUGUCAGCUCCCAGCCCCCAAGUCGUCCCACUCAACUAAAAUACUCAAACGAUCCAUCUGCCUCUGUUUAGGUUUGAUCCCCUCUAACUUGUGUUUCUGUUCUUUUCUCUCAGUGAAGCAAUUUUUUUUUUUUUUUUGUUGGUUUCCCAUUUGUGAUCAGGUGGAUCUUGUUUGCGACUGUUGCCUGGAGGUCAGAGUUAUGCUUGUGUAAAAAAGCAAAA